GCAAUUUUUUACGCGAAACAAUUCUAAAUUUCUAAUCCGCACCAGUAGGAGUCUUGCUAUUUACCCAAAAUCUUCCCCAUUUUUCUUUCAAUUAAACCCUAAGUGUUCUGCUCUCGUCCUCCCUAUCUCGAGCCUCGAUUCGAUCUUGUGUUCUCUCUCCCUCCCGACUUCUCUCGCAAUUCCCCAGCACCAUUCCUGCCGGAUGCUUUCACACAUACGUGUGCAGCUGAAACAUGAGGAGUCGGCGACUCUUUUGUCGCUUCUCCAGUCAGAGCUCCAGCCGAUUGAUGGUAUAUUGGCGGAAUUCCACUCCAAGUUUCCUCCAUCACGAUACUUCACUGUCUGCGGUAGUCUUUACCUGCUCAUAGAGGAUAGUUUGCUGCUCCGUCCUUCUGAACGUCUUAUAGCGUAUGCUAUCCUUUACCGAUGUUACGCCCGGAUACCGAAACUCAACCCGUUUAUGUUUCAAAUGAUAAACUCAGCUUUUAAUGAGCAAGCUGAAAAUUAUGAGAGAGCGUUCCUUGUCCACUUGUUACGAUCGAGCAGUAAAGAGAUUCUUAAACAGUCUGUUGCCGAUUAUAUCAAAUCCUUUGAUCCUUCAGCUCAUGAGUUACCUAAGCGAGAAGAGUUGGUGCAAGAGUACUGCAAGGAAACUCAACCUGGAUCAUCUGAUGAACCAACUUGUGUCACAAAUCUGUUGCCGGAUCCUGAUGUUCCACAUGGGUCUGAUCCUAAUUCUGCAGAGUUUGAUCUGCAACCUGGAGGAAAGCCUAAAAUAGGAUCCGGUGAUAGAGAUGAGAUUGUAGCUCUAACAAUGCAAAUUCCGAUUUUUGGGGCAUUAUCUCCUAGUUGGAUCCGUCCAUUCCCUCCAAUGUACCCAGUUCACGAGAGUGAGCUGCUGUGGAUUGAACCUGAUAACAGCCAUGAGCUUGUUUGGGACCAUGGCAUGUGUGCCGAUACUAGCAGAGGUGCAAUGGUUAGGGACUUGCUUGCAAAGGCUUUAGAGACGUCACUUACACCUGCACAGCACGAACAAAUUCUGAUGGAGUUUGCAAAUGACCCAAAGCUUGUCUAUCACUGUGGAAUAACUCCAAGGAAGCUACCGCUUUUGGUAGAAAAAAAUCCUCAAAUUGCUGUCGAGCUUCUCACCAAGUUGAUCAACUCUCCAGAGAUUGCUGAUUAUUUUACAGCUCUUAUAAGUAUGGACAUGAACCUGCAUUCGAUGGAAGUUGUGAAUAGGCUAACAACAGCAGUCGAACUUCCGAAGGAGUUUAUACAUAUGUAUAUCACUAAUUGCUUACAAUCUUGUAAGAACAUCAAGGACAAAUACAUGCAGAAUAGGCUUGUACGGCUUGUUUGCGUGUUUUUGCAAAGUCUAAUUCGGAACAGAAUAAUUGACGUGAAGGAACUUUUCAUCGAAGUCCAGGCUUUUUGCAUCGAAUUUUCGCGGAUUCGGGAAGCGGCCGGGCUCUUUAGGCUUCUGAAAACAUUGGACUGAGUAAACGUUCUCUAUUUUUCACUGCAGAAUUCAGAUUCUUCUCAUUUUUUCUUAAAAUCUUCCUCCUAACUUUUGGGAGUUGUGGAAAAAAAAAAGGACAAACCAAUUUGAACCCAAAGGCACUUUUCCUUCUCUUAGGUGUUUUGUAAGGAAGUCUUUAAUCUCAUAAUCUUCCUGCCCUUAAAUCCUAAACAGCAAGGGAAUGUAAUAUGGUGUCUGGGUAUGGACAUUUCGGAUUUCGGUUAUGUUUAGGUUAUCGUAUUUUCAAUUUCAUUU